ACCCCUGUAGCGCAGUAUGGACUCGUAGGUAGUGUUGUAAGUUGUGUAUUCGUGUCGUCCAAGAAGUCACUCUUUAUAUUAUACUUAUAUUAUUAUGUAACCUGGUAGGUUACGGUAGUUUUCACAGCUAUAGCUAGCUAACGUUAGCUGCUGACCGUGCUAAAGAACACAUUAGCUUGCUAGCUGGCUAUGCAGGUAACUAGAGUUUAGGCUGACUCACAGAGGACAUAAACAUGGCUUAUACGCAGAUAUUGAAAGUCCUGCACCGGACUCUACAACAGACUGCCACACAGUAUUCCGUGCAGAAACGCUUGCUCAUCCACACACACAGGACAGUGUCGACAGUAUCAAGACUGACCUUCCACGGAAGAGUCGAGGCUCCUGCGUCCGUUUUACCAGCAGUGAGCUGCUUCACUUCAGCACAGACACGGCGGAGUAUUUCGCUCGACUCCACUGCCAGAGACAAAAGGAGCCCCGAAGAGAGAGAUAAGUCAGUGUCCAGGUUUCAGGGUGGCAGCCCAAAGCCUUCAGGUGCACAAAAAGCGAAAGAAGCUGGCAGAGACUUCACCUACUUGAUAGUUGUCCUAGUUGGCCUGGGAGUGACAGGAGGGCUGUUAUAUGUGGUGUUUGAGGAGCUGUUUUCUUCCUCAAGUCCAAAUAAAAUCUAUGGCAAAGCCUUCAGCAAAGUCAGGUUAAACCCAGAGGUGAUUGGUGCAUUUGGGGAGCCAAUCAAGUGUUACGGGGAGACGACCCGUCGAGGAAGGAGGCAACAAGUCAGACAUCUGGAGUACUUGAAGGAUGGACUGAAGCAUAUGCAGCUCAAGUUUUACAUUGAAGGCUCUGAGCCAGGCCUCAAAGGAACUGUGCAUUCAGAGUCAAAAGAGAAUCCUGAAACUGGAAAAUAUGAGUUUCGUUACAUAUUUGUGGACAUAGACACCUACCCAAGACGGACCAUCAUUGUGGAAGACAACCGAUAUGAAAGAUAAUGGACGGAAAAGUGUCACUUCAGUAAAAAGAAACAUUGUGUUUGUGUUAUUGGAAAAAUCGCUGACAGUGUGCUGUAAAUUUAACUUUGAUUUACUAUUUAAAGCUGUUAUGUUAAACAUCAGCAAUUUUGGCCAGUUUAAACUUUGCACAGCAAUGUACUGGUCAGCCCCUGGUGAAGAGUUUGCAAAGCACAGUCUCUUUCAUAGAAAAUGAUCUUUGACUAUUAUGAAUUAUUGUUUUAUAAAUCACACACAUGCUACAGAUUUUCUGACUAAAACACCACAGCGUAUCUUGAAUUUUGAAAUAACUUGUCAUCAAAGAUGCUUUUAAAUUCUAAUAAAAAACUUUGUAUGUCAGAUCCACAAGAACAGAUAUAAUAAAUACAGUAUCAGUGUU